UCAUAAAAAUGUUCUCUCUCCUCAAACUCCAAACCUGUGUUCUGCAUCUCCUUCCUCUUCCUCCCGCAUUCUCCUCCUCUUAAAACCCUAACAACAGUAGCAGCAUCGUGUAGUUGUAGUUGUAGUUGUAUCUACCUCAGGGACGGGCCUGCUCACACCAGAGCAAUGCUCUCACGCUUCAUUGCAACUCAAUCUCGGCAACUCCGACACCUCUCAAUCACGCUCUCUCCUCAUUUCCACCCUUCUCCUUCUCCUAUUCUCUCUCCUCAAAUACCCAACUUUCAAUCGACCCAUUUCAUCACUCGUGGUUUCUCCAAUUUCCAGAAUGGGAACAACAAUGACGACAAUGGAAAUGGUGAAAAACCCAACAUACAUUUGUGGGAAAAUGAGCCAGAAACGAGUAAUUUGGAUGAUUUCUUCGGUACCCAUAAAGAGAAUUUGACUGGGGACAGAGAGGAAGUGAGGAGGGAAUCGAGGUUAUCUCAAGAACAAUCAUGGGUUGUUGAAGAAAGUGGGGAUGGAGGUGAUGGUGGUGUGUUUGAAGGAGGAGAGAAUGGUAUGGUUGGUGGUAGUGAUGAUUGUGGGGCAUCGAGGUCAACAGGGAAUCAGCAGACGUGGAAAUUGGAGGAGGAGGAGGAGAAAGUGGAGGAUCUGUUCAAUACUGGGGACUGUGGAGUAGGCGGGGAGGUAGGUAGUGGUGGUGGGACGGUGGAGGAGAGAGAAAUGGUGAGUGCUGCUGAGAAUUUAGAGCUUGAGAAGGAAGAACUAGCUCUCAUGGAUGUCCUCAAAUGUCCAAACCGUGCUUUUGGAGAUCUUGUCGCAGCAUCUGGAAUCACUGAUGCUAUGCUGGAUAGCUUGAUUGCCUUGAAGAAUUUUCAGGACAUUGAAGGACUCCCUCCUUUGACCCAAAUAGAAGAUGAGCGUUAUGAGAAGACUUUGAGAAAAUCAUCCAGAUAUGAAAUGGAGCUUCAGAAACAGGAAGAAGCUGCAAAGGCACGGGUCAGGCAAGUGGAUGAGAAGGGAAGAGCUUAUGGGACAGGAAGGAGAAAAUGUAGUAUAGCUAGAGUUUGGAUUCAACCUGGAGAGGGAAAUUUUUUGGUUAAUGACAAGAUGUUUGAUGUCUAUUUUCCGAUGCUAGAUCAUCGUGCAACUCUUCUUCGACCGUUUGCUGAGACAAAGACAACAGGUCUUUGGGACAUCAAAUGCACUGUGAAAGGAGGUGGUACCACAGGUCAAGUUGAUGCAAUCCGUUUAGGGAUCAGCAGGGCAUUGCAAUGUUGGGAACCUGGGCUGCGUCCUCCACUCAGAGAAGCUGGGUUUUUGACGAGAGAUCCAAGAGUGGUGGAACGGAAGAAGCCGGGUAAAGCAAAAGCAAGGAAGAGCUUCCAAUGGGUCAAGCGUUAGAAUGUGUGAUUUCGGAACACCCUCAAUUGUCAUGUUUGUUGUAGGGGGAUGUCUUACUCGAAUCUCCAUAAAUCAGAAGUAGUUACAUCAUUUUUUUUUUGCUGGAAACGCGAUUCAGGGAACUGUUGAUGCAGAAACAAGUUGUUGGAGGAUCUUUUCUCCUGAUCUAAAGCAGAACAUUAUAGUUUUUGGGGUUCCCCACAAAUUUUAUUUUUUGUUGGUAAGUUUGAUACAUUCAAUUGUAAUGCUCAACGCAGAAACUUUUUUGGCUCCCAUAAAACACGGCUGCAUCUUCAGCCGCUUCAUGUACACAAAAGCCGAAAGGCAAAAGGUGUGAAGCAGUUCCUGGUUUUGCUGAUGAAUAAUACUUCCAAUUCAGCUUCCC